GGAGCGCUCCGUCACGGUAAGCCGGGGGGGAGAGCAAGCAGCGAGGACAGGGAACGGGGCUCGACUUUUUCAACGCUUAACGGAGCUGAGGGGAGAACUGGAGACAUGACUAUGUUCUCAGCUCUUGGGUUGCUCAUUCUCUGCCAGCUUUUGACAUCUUCCCUUGCCCAGAGACCAGGCCCUCGAGGAUCUCCUGGGCCUGCUGGACCCCCGGGACCCCCAGGGAAAGACGGCGUGGAUGGUAAACCUGGUCCUCCUGGGCUUCCUGGGAAGCCUGGUCCAAAGGGUAAAGCUGGGAUACCAGGGACAGCAGGAAGUCCCGGACUGCCUGGCCUCCCAGGAGUGGACGGAUUGACAGGACCUGAUGGACCUCAAGGGAAGGACGGGCCUCCAGGGGAAGUGGGUGAAGCAGGACCUCCUGGACCUGCUGGGCCUCCUGGCAGGGGGAGACCAGGAGCACCAGGACUUCCAGGGGUUAAUGGUUUACCAGGUGGCGUGGGACCACAGGGACCAGCGGGACCUGAAGGACUUCCUGGACUUCCCGGUCCUCCAGGCCCAGACGGACCCCCAGGACUCCCAGGGGGUUUUCCUGAUGGCAGCGGAGACCUUUUGUGUCCUGCCAUCUGCCCUCCUGGACCCCCUGGACCUCCUGGAAUGCCUGGAUUUAAGGGGCACACAGGACACAAAGGAGACAAAGGAGAGGUUGGAAAGGAUGGCGAGAAGGGUGAUCCUGGGCCUCCUGGUCCUCCUGGUAUCCCAGGCACAGUGGGCCUUCAGGGCCCUCGUGGCUUGAGGGGACUUCAGGGGCCAAUGGGGCCAGUUGGAGACCGUGGAUUGCCUGGUUUUAGAGGCAAACCUGGCAUUGCAGGCAUCAUUGGGAAAACAGGUGACGCUGGAGAAAAAGGACCCCAAGGUUUCAAAGGGCCAAAGGGAGACAUUGGUAAAAUUGGGCCCAAAGGAGUUCCUGGAGCAGCUGGACCUAAGGGAGAACCAGGAAUGCCAGGCCGGGAUGGUAAAGAUGGCACUCAGGGGCUAGACGGAGAAAAAGGUGAUGCAGGCCGACCUGGGGUUCCUGGAGAGAAAGGGCCAAAUGGACUUCCUGGUCUACAAGGAAAAGCUGGAGCAAAAGGAGCUAAGGGUCAAGUUGGUGAUCCAGGAGAGAUGGGUGAGGCAGGACCAUCUGGAGAACCAGGUAUUCCUGGUGAAAUUGGCAUCCCAGGAGAGAGGGGUGAGGCUGGACCCAGAGGUGUUGCUGGUGGAAUUGGACCAAUUGGAAACCCCGGGCCUCAAGGUGUCAAAGGCUUUCAGGGCAUUAAAGGAGCUAUUGGAGAUCCAGGUCUUCCAGGCCCAACAGGAAUAAGGGGUGGAUUUGGAGAGAGGGGUCCAGUGGGCGCCUCCGGCCCUAAAGGAGACAUGGGUGUUGCCGGAAGUGAUGGCCUGCCUGGAGAGAACGGAGAACCGGGCCCAUUUGGACCUCCUGGCCAGAAAGGAGAGUCAGGAAAACAUGGAGAGCUGGGACCGAAAGGUGUGACAGGACCCCAAGGCGAAGUAGGAGCACGAGGAGCCCCUGGAAAACCAGGACUUAUGGGAUUCCAAGGAGAACCUGGUCAGCCUGGCAUUGCAGGGAAAACUGGAGUCCCUGGUAAACUGGCAAGUGAACAGCACAUCAGAGAACUCUGUGGAGCUAUGAUUGAUGACCAGAUUGCACAGCUGGCUGCCAAUCUCAGGAGACCUCUGGCCCCUGGUGCCGUCGGCCGACCUGGGCCAGCUGGGCCACCGGGCCAGCCCGGACCAUCUGGGUCUAUUGGACACCCUGGAUCACGUGGACCUCCUGGAUACAGAGGACUACCAGGGGACCUUGGAGAUCCUGGUCCCAGAGGUGAUAUUGGUGAAGCAGGUGACAAGGGUCCCCCUGGUAAGGCUAUUGAAGGGCCCGUGGGUGACCAAGGAGAACAAGGUCUCCCGGGAGUGCCAGGAACUAUUAAAGACGGGCGUGAUGGUGCUCCUGGAGAUCCUGGAGAGCCUGGAGAACCAGGCAGGACAGGCCGGACUGGGCACCAGGGAUCUCCCGGAAUUUGUGACACGUCAGCAUGCCAGGGGGCAUCUGUGGCUGGGAAGUCAUCCAAUCCCAAGAACCAUUAAAACCAUCGGUGUCUUCCUCUUUUGGCUCCAGGGAAAGAGGAAGAUUGAAAGUAAGGGAAAGAAGAAAAAAUGACACAUAAUUCCCUUUUCAAGUGUUUGAA